AAUGCGAGAGUUAUCGAAAAUACUGAUUGAGAUAAAGAAAAUGGAACCAGCAAUCAAAUCGCUUUUUCAAGCACUCCGGCCUGAAUAUUUCGAUUUAUUUGUGAAAGCUGCACAAAUAAUCUCCAGGUACGAUCCGGAAACAGAAGAAUAUGGGGCACCAUCACUUGCUAUGAAUAUAGUAAACUCGUUAAAACAAUGCUGCGAUAUAGCAAUAAAUUUUGCUCUGAAAAGAAACCCUAUAAUCGGAACAGUUCCAGCAGCUGAAGCGGAAGCUGAGCUGAAGACAAUGAUUCAUUUAUUCGAAACAAACUGGAGAUAUGAGAUAUCAAGUCAAGCAGCAAAUAAUUUGAAUUUGAACAAAUGGAAUAAAAUUAGCAUUGUGCCAUUGGCUAGCGAUUUGAAAAUCAUGAAAGACUACCUAGCUCAAUGUGCCCAAAAAUCAGCCGCAAAACUUCAAUCAAUGAGGACUGACAUAACAGCUUACAAUAACUUAGUAGAAGUAACAUACUGCCAAGUACUUUUACUUAAUCGUAAACGCCCUGGUGAGCUCCAAAGAAUGCAGCUUCAUAUAUAUUUGAACUGCGGUAAUUCGCAAGGGCAAUAUGAGGAGUUUGAGAAAAUCAUUUCCCCAGUCACCAGAGGUAAAAGGGGAAGGGGGGUACCAGUACUUUUCACAACAGAAGUACAAAAAAAUCUUCAAAGUCUUAUUGAUAACAGACCGAAUAUGGUUCCGAAAGAAAACAUGUUUUUAUUUGCUAAAGCCAAAUGCAAAUCUGAAUUGAGUGGAUGCAAGGUUUUGAGCAAAUAUGCACAGGCAUGUGGUGCAAAAAAUCCCAAAUCUAUUAUUGCAACACGUCUCAGAAAACACUUGGCGACCUUGAUGCAAAUUUUCAAUAUGACGGAAGGAGACAUUGAGCAACUUGCAUCCUUUAUGGGUCACACAACAGGUACGCACAAGGGUUCGUAUAGACUUCCUGAUGAUGUCUAUCAAACGGCCAAAUUAUCUAAGCUACUUCUGCUCAUGGAGAAAGGCGAGGCAAACCACUACAAGGGUAAAAGCCUCGACGAAAUUGAAAUAAAUAUGGAGGAAAACUUACUGGAUGAAAAGCAAGAUGACGAAGAUGAUGCGAAAGACGUUGAAGAACCAAUAAAUGAAAGUAUCAAAGAAUCGAAGAAUGGUAGUGAAAAGGUUGAUGAUAGUAAUAAUACUGAUUGCGUGAACACAGUUGAGAAGGAAAACCAAGCUAUGCCUCAAAAGAAAAGAAGAAUACUCAUUCCGUGGACAGAAGAACAGAAAAAAUUAACAAGAACCUUUUUUGCUAAACACAUAAGAAAUUCUAGACCCCCAAAAAGACAUGGGUGCGAGGAACUUAUAGAUGCAAAUCCAGGAGUAUUCAAUAACAAAACGUGGCUUAAAAUGAAAGUAUUCGUUCAAAACGAAUAUAGCAAGAAAAAAAAUCAAGACUUAAGGUAG